AUGAAGUGCCUUCUCCUGAUCUUCCUCGGCUUCUUAACCGGCUCACACGCCGCCGCCAUCGGGGAAUUUGAAAACUCGACAAAAACCUUUGACCCAGAACAUCCUGAAGAAAUCGUGGCCGGCGACUACGUAUUUUCCAAGAAAGGCACUCCUAUAACCCUCCCUAUACAAAGCGACCGGUCUAACAGACUACCCAGGGGAUGUAUGAAUGUGACGCGAAUAGGAGAUGGGGCGACAGUUGCCAGCCGUUCCAUUGCCAGUGCCAGGAGGGCCUUGGCUGUUGGUCCUGCAACGGUGGUGCUUAUCGUUGUCAGUCGGGUCCUAGCAAGUCUCCUGUGGCAUGCAUUUGAUGUGGUUUAA